AUGAAGGUGGACAACAUUUGCAUAAAUGUUUGUAGCAAGGACGAAGUCUGCAAAACCAUUUAUUGUAACUCCAAUCAGUUUGAAUCCGGUCUUGUUCCUGGACUGAAACAUUUGGACAAAAUAUUCUUCCGGAUGGGUUUUGCGAUUGGAAUAGAAAUCAAUACACUGAGGAGAACGAGAGGGAUACUGUGUGAUCCGAUUUUCAAAAAAUGCUUUUAUAUGCAGAUUCGAGGAGAAGAUGAGGAAUUGUCAAACGAGGACUGUGAAUAUCUAUUGGAGAAGACUCAACCAACUAUUGGAAUCACUAUAUUUUGCGAAUUAAGUCCUGACUUUAAUUACAAGAAGAUUCUUCACUUCUCCCGUCUCCGUGUUCCAAACCUCGGAAACAUGCCACUGGAAGACUUGAAAGCAUUGAAUUGUGAAAUUGCCAAGUUCGGCAGACAUCAGUUCAAUGAAAUCGAUUUGAAUGAGUUUCUCCAUCACUGGAUUAAGGGAAAUAAUAGAAAAUUGAGACGUCUGCAGCUUAAUGGAUUCAAGUAUGCUCCAGAAUGGGAUUUCUUAUUAAAUGGCAUCACUCAUACGGAAUGGAAUCCGAAAGAAAGAGGAGACCUCUAUAAAUCGAAAUUUACUGUUGACAUGGAAACUAUCGACUGCAAGAAUGGAAGAGACUUCAAGGAUGCAAAUGGACAACUGGCUACAGUAGUCCAUCACUCCAAGUUUUUAGAUUUCCUUGUCUGGGAAAAUCGAUUUUUCGACUAA